CCUCCCUCCCCCGCCCCCUCCCGCCCCGCCCGCGCGCCGCCCGCUCGCAGCCACUCGCAGCCCGGGCUCAGUCGCAGCCCCUCGGAGUCCGGAGCCGGCCACCCCUGCGGACCGGACAGUGAGGCCGGCGGCCGGGACAGAGCCCCCAGCCCGCGAGGAGGGCGCGGCGCAGGCGGCGGCGGCGCGGCGGGGAGGAGCCCGGGCCGGAACCAGGGCUGGGCCGGGGGCGGGGACGCCGGGGUCCCGGAGCCCGGGAGCCGGAGCGAUCUAACGAACGUCGCGGGAGGACCGGGAAGGAGGAGCGGAGCCGGAGCGAGCCGAGCUACCCACAAAGUGCGAUGCCCCGGCAGGGCUGAGGCGCGCGGCGGUCGGCGCGGCGCGCAGGGAGGACGCCCGAGAGCUGCGCGGCGCGGGGCGGCGCGGAGGGGCAGCCCCGGCGGGCGGCGGCGGGCCCGGGCUGCGACCCGAGCGAGCCCCAUGCCCUGCGCGGGCUGACGGGCCGGAGCCCGCACGGAGCGGCCGGGCCGGACAGGUCCCGCUAGAGCGACAUGAUGGUGGAAUCCGCCUCAGAGACAAUCAGGUCGGCUCCGUCUGGUCAGAACGGCGUGGGCAGCCUCUCUGGGCAGGCCGAUGGCGGUGGAGGGGCCGGGGCUGCAGGCACGGCUGCAGGCGGAGCAGGUAGGGACGCCGCGACCGGCGCAGACAGCAACGGCGAGAUGAGCCCUGCGGAGCUUCUGCACUUCCAGCAGCAACAGGCUCUUCAGGUGGCCCGGCAAUUCCUGCUGCAGCAGGCCUCCGGCCUGAGCUCCCCUGGGAACAAUGACAGCAAACAGUCUGCCUCUGCUGUGCAGGUGCCCGUGUCAGUGGCUAUGAUGUCGCCGCAGAUGCUCACCCCGCAGCAGGUGCAGCAGAUCCUGUCACCCCCACAGUUGCAGGCCUUGCUCCAGCAGCAGCAGGCCCUCAUGCUGCAGCAGCUGCAGGAAUAUUACAAGAAGCAGCAAGAGCAGCUGCACCUUCAGCUCCUCAGCCAGCAGCAGGCUGGGAAACAGCAGCCCAAAGAGGCCCUGGGGAACAAGCAGCUGGCCUUCCAGCAGCAGCUCCUGCAGAUGCAACAGUUGCAGCAGCAGCACCUGCUCAACCUGCAGAGGCAGGGACUGGUCAGCCUGCAGCCCAGCCAAGCCUCAGGGCCCCUCCAGACCCUCCCGCAAGCAGCUGUGUGCCCGUCAGACCUGCCCCAGCUAUGGAAGGGUGAGAGUGCCCCAGGGCAGCCUGCCGAGGACAGCGUCAAGCAGGAGGGGCUGGACCUCACUGGCACAGCUGCCACCGCUACCUCGUUCGCGGCCCCCCCCAAGGUCUCCCCCCCACUCUCUCACCACCCCCUGCCCAACGGACAGCCCACUGUGCUCACAUCUCGGAGAGACAGCUCCUCCCACGAGGAAACCCCCGGAUCCCACCCCCUCUAUGGACAUGGAGAGUGCAAGUGGCCAGGCUGUGAGACCCUGUGUGAAGACUUGGGCCAGUUUAUCAAACACCUCAACACAGAGCAUGCCCUGGACGACCGGAGCACAGCCCAGUGCCGGGUGCAGAUGCAGGUGGUGCAGCAGCUGGAGAUCCAGCUCGCCAAGGAGAGCGAACGGCUGCAGGCCAUGAUGGCCCACCUGCACAUGCGGCCCUCUGAGCCCAAGCCCUUCAGCCAGCCACUGAACCCGGCCCCUGGCUCCUCCUCAUUCUCCAAGGUGACCGUCUCUGCAGACCCGUUCCCAGAUGGCCUCGUGCACCCACCGACCUCGGCAGCCGCUCCUGUCACGCCCCUGAGGCCCCCUGGGCUGGGCUCUGCCUCCCUGCAUAGCGGGGGUCCUGCCCGCAGGAGAAGCAGUGACAAGUUCUGCUCCCCCAUCUCCUCAGAGCUGGCCCAGAACCAUGAGUUCUACAAAAACGCCGACGUCAGGCCUCCCUUCACCUAUGCCUCCCUCAUCCGCCAGGCCAUUCUGGAAACCCCAGAUAGGCAGCUGACCCUCAACGAGAUCUACAACUGGUUCACAAGGAUGUUCGCCUAUUUCCGCAGGAACACUGCCACCUGGAAGAAUGCCGUGCGCCACAACCUCAGCCUGCACAAGUGCUUCGUCCGCGUGGAGAACGUCAAGGGCGCUGUGUGGACCGUGGACGAGCGGGAGUACCAGAAGCGGAGACCACCAAAGAUGACAGGGAGCCCCACCCUGGUGAAGAACAUGAUCUCUGGCCUCAGUUACGGAGCACUUAAUGCCAGCUACCAGGCUGCCCUGGCCGAGAGCAGCUUCCCUCUCCUCAACAGCCCUGGAAUGCUGAACCCCGGCUCUGCCAGCAGCCUUCUGCCCCUCAGCCAUGACGACGUGGGCGCCCCCGUGGAACCGCUGCCCAGCAAUGGCAGCAGCAGCCCCCCUCGCCUCUCCCCGCCCCAGUACAGCCACCAAGUGCAGGUGAAAGAGGAGCCGGCUGAGGCGGAGGAAGACAGGCGACCUGGGCCCCCACUGGGUCCCCCCAACCCCAGCACUGUGGGGCCUCCAGAAGACAGGGACCUGGAGGAGGAGCUGCCGGGAGAGGAGCUGUCCUAAGGGCCUGGAGGGGCAGGCAGGGCAGCGGGGAGACCCCUCCGGCCCAGAACCCCGGCCCCACCUACCCCCUCUCCACAGCCCCUCAAACCUGAAGGCACUUCCAGGACUCAUGGGGAGGCCUGGGCCAGCACCUCCCACUGCGACCUGACUGACAAGCGCUUGGGGGCAGGAUGGUCCCUGCCCCCAAGGGGACACCGAACCCCUGGUCUGGGACCGGCAAAAGGACACGGAGGGCCCAGACCCCUCUCAGACCCUCCCCUACAUCUGAACACCACCUCCCCCAACCACCAGCAGCAGCAGGGCCCUCGUCCCCCACCGGCUCCCCCUACAGGGCCCCUCAGCGCCAUGGAGACCCGCAGGCGGGGCUAAGCCACCCUCUCCAGCCCUGGCCGCACCUGGCCAGAGGCCCUCCCUAGUUUGUGCUUCCUUCCACCUUCUUUUCCGUACUGUGAAGAAAUAACUCUCCAGCUCCAGCUCCUAGCCCUGCCCUGGCCCUGGCGGGGGAAUGAAGUUUCCCACCACCCACAAGAAACCAGCCCUUGGGCUGUUGGGGUGGACCAGUGCGUGCCCUGUGGGGGUCUGUGCCAGCGGGCCGCCGGGCCCCAGCCCUCCCCCCACCUGAGGCCAGGUCCAGGCCGAACAGCCUCCUGCCCCACUUUUGCUGGGUGCCCCUCCAGUGCCCCCGCACCAGUGCCCGCCACCUCCUGCAGAGGCUGUGCCGGUGGACUCCUGCAGGUGGAGCCCAGCUGCCCGAGGCCCGCUGGGGCCUGACAGUGCCCACUACUAGGAAGCAUGGGGCAGCGGAAGGGGAGGCUGGCCCCAGUCUCCCCUCCGCCUGCGUCAGCUGCAGUCCUCCCCUUCCCUCAGCACCCCUUCCCCAUCCCCCCAGUUAAACGGAUGACCAAAGACCUUUCUUAUGCCGGAAGCAAAAACCAAAACUUUUUGUUGGCUUUUUCCUUUGUCGCCUCCCAACGCCCUGCUCUCCCAGCUCCUGCCCUGGCCCCAGGCUGGAAGCCCUCCCUUCACUUAAGUUAUUGUUUUAAACCAAAGUUUACAGUGUCUGUUGGUGGCAAGACCCUCUCCCUCCACCCCUGCCCGAGGACCCUGGGACCUGGCCCUCUCGCCUCCGCUCUGCUCUUUCCCUGCCUGGAGGAAGGAGAGAAGGCAGAAAGAAGGGAGGCCGUGGGCACUAGAGCCCUGGUCCCCAAACCUGGGCUGCUUCCUGAGGGCUCUCCAGAUCCCUCUCUGGACCAAGUCCCCCAUCACGCUGGGAGUGUGGAUUCCAGCAAAAACGCUGGAAAAGUGAGACUCUCCACAGACCCCCUAUGGGGGACCCCAACUUAAGGCCAAGGACAGGGUGUGUCGGGUGCUCAGAACACCCCGGCCAGGCCCCUUUGCUGAGAAGAUUCCUUGGAUAUUUCCCAAGAAACCCCAACAUACCCCAUCACAAGUGACCCCUCCUGAGAGGCAGGGGCCCUCCCCCCCCUCCCCCAUGUGUCCCCACCUGUGUUCCAUGUGACCAGCACAGAAAUAUUAAACGUCCUCUAUUCACCGGGCCCUGUGUGUGUCAGCCAGGGAAGAGGGGAGGGGCGUCAGGUUGGAAGGCUGCUGUGGGAGCAGGUGGGGCUGAGCGGGCAUGCGGCAUGUGGGCGUGUGCCCCAGGAUUGGGGACCAGGGUGUCUGGUUCCUCUGCUCCCGGCCCCCUCCACACUUAAGCCGGCCUCUCCUCUCCCUAGGUCCCAGCACCCCCACCCAUUUUUUCACAGGUUCGGAAUCCAAGUUUCUGCUGAGUGUCCUCAGCCAGGGAGUUGGUCUGUUCCUGGGCUGGGGGGGGGAGGGGGGAUGGCUGCAGGGCUCCUGCUCCUCCACCUUGGCCUCCACCCUUGGAGACCCCCAUCCCCGUGCCUUGGGGCCUUUCAGGGCCCAUUGUCCUUGUCUUAGUGCUCACUCGCAGGUGAGGUGGCACCUGGGCCAGGCUGGGGAUGGCGCUCUGGUGGUUGGAAAGGGGAUUAUUGAGACCCCCAAAGAGACCCUGAUCCGUCAGGGGAGGAAAAGGAGAGAGGAGGCAGCCCGGGCUGUUGCACCAGAGAAGGGCUGGCACCUCCCAGGCCUAUGGCCCCAGGCCCAGCCGGGUCUCCUUCCAUGUCAGAGCCUGGUUCCUCCCACCUUCCCAGGCCUUGGACUGUCUCACAGGGCUCACCUGCUGGGUCCCUUCUUCCAUUGCCAAGGUCACCUUCUAGACAAUCCCUCCUCCAGCCUCAGGGGCAGGCCCAGGAAGGAAGUGCAUCUGGGGUGGGGGAGUUGUUGAGAAAGCACCAGAACUGGGAUGGAUCACCCUUUCCACGGAUUUCUCCCAAACUGCGAGAACUUUGCCGAAGCCACAUUUAAGGAGAAAGCUGGCAGGACCCGGAGGUGCAGUCUGCUGGCUUCUGUCCUGCUCUGGCCAGCCUGUGUCCUUUCCCACCGUGGUUACUUCCUCCUGUCUGGCUCACUGUGGCCUCCCUCAUCCCCAUGGCCUCUGCUCCUCCCCACCCCAGAGCUCAACACACUUUCACAGAGCCUGGGGUGAAUUCCUGGUCCCUCCUUGGCACCUGGAGAGGGGCUGGGGGGCUCAGCUUGGAGUCUCAGUUUCCCUGCCCUCUGCCCACAGUCUGUCCCCCAGACACUGUAUGAAGUAGCACUGCUGUGUAUUGUAAUCUGCCCUCCUGGCCCUCCCUGGAGGCCACGGGGCCCUGUAC